AUGUCUCAGACACAACCAUACCAGCAGCUCUCUGACAUACCUCUGCCUACGCUCUAUGGUCUCCUCCAACCCAUCACCAUCCCCCUCGCUUCACCUAGGGCGCGCUUCUCCAACUGGGCAAGAACUUACAGCUGCUCACCGGUGACAGUAUUCGAGCCGGAGAGUGACUACCAGUGCGAACUCAUCCUUGAGCUUGCGCGACGCGAGGGCAAGACCGUCCGCGCCGCGGGGGUCGGCCACAGUCCCAGCGACCUCGCAUGCACCAGCGGAUACAUGGUGCGGACAGAUAAACUUUGCCGUGUUCUCGAGGUUGAUUGCGAAAAAAGAUAUGUUGUGGCGCAGGCCGGCAUAACUCUUCAUUCGCUUCACGACGAGCUCGCCAGUCAUGGCCUUGCGAUGAUAAAUGUCGGCUCAAUAUCCGAUCAAACACUCGCGGGAAUAAUCACAACCGCUACUCAUGGCUCAGGCAUCACAUAUGGUGUUAUUUCCACACACGUUCUGUCCCUGACUUUACUCCUGGCCGACGGAUCGCGAGCGCGGUGUUCACGGUCAGAGAAUCCCGACCUAUUCACCGCUUCCAUAUGCGGGCUCGGUACCACAGGCCUCAUACUCGCUAUUCAGCUGGAGGUGGAGCCGGCCUUCAGGCUCAAAGAGACGCAGUACACUAUCAGCUUCGAUGAAGGGCUUCAGACUCUUGAUCGACUUGUACAGUCCGCUGAACACGUUCGACUCUGGUGGUUUCCUCAAGCUGAUGAUUUGCGUGUGAGCGCCGCAAACCGUUCUUCGGAGCCAAAGACUUCGGCAACGAAUUGGUUCUGGAAUACGCUCGUGGGAUACCACUUGAUCCAGUUUUUGAUGUUCCUUGGCCGUUUUAUUGCGCCUCUGAAUAUCUGGACGGGUAAAUUUGCAUCUUGGGUCAGUAGCGCGCCAAUCGUCGCUGUUGAUGACAGUUUCCGUGUUUUCAACCUUGAUUGCAAGUAUUUACAAUAUACAACCGAGUGGGCCGUUCCGUAUGACCGCGCGAAAGCUUGUCUAUUGGACUUGCGUUCGUGGUUAAAUGACGAGCAUAAUAACCCGAAUGGGCUGAGACCUCACUUCCCGAUCGAGAUACGGUUCUCCGAGGCAGACGACAUUUGGCUCAGCCCCAGUAACGGUCAGAGGACGUGUUGGAUUGGCAUCAUUCAGUACAAACCCUACGGUUUCAAGGUAUCCUACCGCAAACUAUUCGAGCGCUUCGAGAACAUACUUAGAAGGCACGCCGGUCGACCCCAUUGGGCAAAGGCACACCCAUUACGCCCUGGCGAUCUCCGAACUCUGUAUCCUCGUUUCCAUGACUUCAUAAACUUGCUUGAAGCAGUUGAUCCGCAUGGGAUGUUCAGGAACGAAUAUGUAGAGCGGCAUCUCUUCGGGAAGCGGGGCCCCGAAGUCGACGACAGGGUUUUCAAGUCCUCGCGACCGGGCACGCGCUAACCCCACAAAACAAUAAAAAUCAGGAUCCAUAUAAUGAUUAUUGAAGGUUCAUCUAUAGCAUCGUUUAUAGUUUAACUUCGUUGUAAUAGCAUCGUGGCGUUGUCGGACUCCGGGAGAGCCGGAUAGUCCCCUCUUGGAAUGUCGUCCUUAUGAAUGGACGUGGCUGGUUAGGA